UCACAGCUCACGGUUGGGAUCAAACAAGCCAACAACCUUAAGGCCAUGGACCUGGGAGGAAACUCGGAUCCGUACGUCAAAGUCUACGUCGGCCCCGACAAAUCCAAAACCUUUGAGACCAAAGUGUUCAAAAGCACGCUGAACCCCGCCUUCAACGAGCAAUUCACCUUCCAGAUAUCCAAGUCUUCCCUGCUGAAGUCGACGGUGGUGAUGAAGGUUUUUGACUUCAACAGAUUCUCCAAGCACGAAAUCAUCGGGGAGAUCCGGGUGGAGCUGUGCAACGUGGACUGGAACCACGUCAUCGAGGAGUGGCAGGACCUCGGCGAGCCCGCCAAGUUCGAGGAAGAAAACCUUGGCGAGAUCUGCUUCUCUCUGCGUUACGUUCCCACCGCCGGCAAACUGACCGUGGGGAUCCUGGAGGCCAAAAACCUGAAGAGCAUGGACGCCGGAGGAACUUCAGAUCCGUACGUGAAGGUGCAGUUGGCUCUGGACAAGAGGAAGUGGAGGAAAAAGAAGACGUCGGUUAAGAAGAAGACGCUGAACCCGUAUUACAACGAGUCCUUCACCUUCGACGUGUCCUUCGAACAAAUCCAGAGGGUGCACCUGGUGAUCUCCGUGUGGGACCACGACGCCCUGACCCGGAACGACGCCAUGGGGAAGAUCUUCCUGGGCUGCGACGCCGCGGGGAACCAGCUGCGGCACUGGGCCGACAUGUUGUCCAACCCGCGGCGCCCGGUCGCUCAGUGGCACAGCCUGCUGACGCCGGAGCAGGUCAACUCCACGCUGGUGCUGAAGAAGAAGAUCCCCCUCCAGAACAAGCUGCCGUUCCUCGGCGGGCCGCCGACGUGAAGACGUCUCUAACGCAUCAGAACGAGAUUUUAAAAAGAGUUUUAUGAUCAUUUCUCAGCUGAUUGAUUACUUUGUGUUUUACUGUUAGAGGGUGACUUCGGUAUUUUUUCAACCUGGACACUAGUUUCCAUGUUUUUGCGACUAAUUGUAACAACAAUCUUUGAAACUGGUCCAGU